CAUCCCUUAUCCUUGAAGAAGCUUUUAAUCUCUUUUCCAUCUGUUGUUGAGCCCUGUGACCACCAUGGCUACUCCACUCUCAAUCUCAUCAAAUCCUCUCACCUCUCGCCAUUGUUACCGUCUCCACUUCUCUUCCACAUCAUUCAAGGGUAAUGUAAGCGUAUUGGGAGCAAACCCAAGUCAGAUUCUUUCUCUCAAACUCAACCAAAAGGUUCAAACGAGAAAGCAAUUUGCGAAGCCACUUGUUGUGGUUAGCCAAACGGCGGCGGAGGGAGCAGUAGCUCCUCCGGAGAGAUUCCGUUUGAAUAACCUUGGACCUCAGCCUGGUUCUAGAAAGAGGCAAAAGAGAAAAGGUAGAGGUAUCUCUGCAGGACAAGGAGCGAGUUGUGGUUUUGGUAUGAGAGGUCAGAAAUCAAGAUCGGGUCCUGGGAUUAUGAGAGGCUUUGAAGGUGGUCAAACUGCUCUUUACCGUCGUCUUCCCAAACUUAGAGGAAUCGCCGGAGGGAUGCGUUCAGGAUUACCAAAAUACUUACCGGUUAAUCUCAAAGACAUCGAAACAGCUGGAUUUCAGGAGGGAGAUGAAGUUUCAUUGGAGUCACUAAAGCAAAAGGGUUUGAUUAAUCCUUCAGGGAGGGAAAGGAAACUUCCUCUAAAGAUUCUGGGAACUGGAGAACUAAGUAUGAAGCUCAACUUCAAAGCUCGCGCCUUUUCAACACAAGCAAAAGAGAAACUUGAAGCUUCAGGAUGUACACUCACUGUGUUGCCCGGAAGAAAGAAAUGGGUUAAGCCAUCGGUUGCAAAGAACCAAGCGCGAGCAGAUGAAUACUUUGCCAAGAAGAGAGCUGCAGCAGGUGAAGCAACUUCUGAGCCAGCAGCUUCUGCUUAAGUUACUUCAUUCUCAAACUCUCUCUUUUUUUAACGUUGUAAAGCUGCAGAAGAGAUAAUUGUCUAUGAGAAGCGUUUAGUUCCAAUGCCUUGUAGUCUUUUUUUGUGUAUGGUUAAGAUAUUUAUAUUUUGUUGAUCUAAGAGUUUAUUAUCAGAAUUAUUUGUAAACGGUAUAAAUUAUUUGAAACUUUUUUUUUCAA